AGCUCCCACAGCCUGCCCAGCUCACCAGGCACUGCUGCACAAGAAUCCCAGCUUUCAGCAAUCAGAAGCGGCAGGAUUCAGAGAGCCACCCUGGAGCCCACUCUCCCAGCAUGCGGACGCCGGCCGUGAUGAUCGUGGGACUGGUGCUCUGCCCCUGCGGGCUCCUGCUGACACUGACAGGCACGUUGACACCCAACUGGAGGCAGGUGAGCCUCAUCCCCAAUCAGCCCUCCGACCUCAUCUUGGAGCAGGGCAUCUGGGACCUGUGCAGGGAGCGGCAGAGCAGCCAUGAUCGCCUCUGCGGGCAGGAGGAUGAGCUGGGCUACUUCAAGGAGGUGCCCGUGCAGGUGGCACGAGGCCUGAUGCCCAGCUCACUGGUGCUCACAGUGCUGGGCUUGGUGGUGGCUGCCCUGGGGGUGCGGUGCUGGCAGAAGGAACCCCGUCACGCAUUGGCUGGUGCUUCGGGGCUUGUGCUGCUGCUCCCGGGGCUGCUGAGCCUGGUGCCUGCCUCCUGGUACACCCAUGAGCUGGAGGUACUACCUGCACCCUCUGGUGCCACGCUGGCUGUGGGUUACAGCUUGGUGCUGAGCUACCUGGGUAGCUGCCUGGAGAUCCUGGGGGGAGUGGCCCUCACCCUCAGCUUCCACCACUGCUGCAAGGAGCGCAGGGCAUCCAAAACUCCCCCUAGCCCUGUUCUGGAGCCUGGGACACGCUCCAUCACUGGGGCCUACAGCAACCCCUGGGAUGUGCUGGAGAAUGAGCGAGAUGGGCGGCGUGGGAGGAGCACCCUGCCUUGUGACUCGGACCUGUAGUUCCAGCACAGUGACACAUCUUGAAGCUCUGCAGGCAGCCAUGCUCCCCGCUCUGCAACCGUGCCAAAGCUGUACUGGCUCCAGCCCUGUCUCCACCCCCUCUGUGCAGCUCUUAGCUCAGUCCCCUGUGCCAUGCAGGGCUAAGGCAGCUGCAGCGUUCUCAUGCGAGCAGGCCACCAGUUAGUGCUGUGCAGCCUGCAGGGUGGGGGACCAAAUGUCCCAAAUGUCUCUUUAGGGCUGAGCAAACAUCAAAAUA